GCCCCGCGCUGACGUGAAGAGAGGAGCUGAUUUCUCCUGUAGGGACUGCAAUCAGUCCAGACACGUCCAGUCACAGGAAGUGGUACCAAGACUUUUCUGCACGGUCCACGGCUAGAACCUAGUGGGUCCGAACAUCUAAAAAUCAGGACAUUUCCUUCCGUACAAGGAAGCAGAGAACAACUCUCUUCGCAUUGAAAAGAUUGCCACCCCGGCUGACAGUUCCGUUUCGUUGUGAAAUCCCAAAUCUCCACCACUGAAACCCGCAGGAUGGCCGCAUACAAACUGGUGCUGAUCCGCCACGGCGAGAGCAACUGGAACCAGGAAAACCGCUUCUGUGGAUGGUUCGACGCAGACCUGAGCGAAACCGGAGCCGAGGAGGCCAAGAGAGGGGCACAGGCCUUGAAAGAGGCUGGCUACGAGUUUGAUAUUUGCUACACCUCUGUCCUGAAGAGGGCAAUCCGCACCCUGUGGAUUGUACUGGACGGGAUUGAUCAGAUGUGGCUGCCGGUGCACCGAACCUGGAGGCUGAACGAGCGUCACUACGGCGGGCUGACUGGCCUUAACAAGGCAGAGACCGCGGCCAAGCACGGCGAGGCACAGGUCAAGAUCUGGAGGCGUUCCUUCGAUGUCCCUCCGCCCCCUAUGGACUCGGACCACGACUACUACACCACCAUCAGCAAGGACCGUCGCUAUGGAGACCUGACAGAGGACCAGUUGCCGUCCUGUGAAAGCUUGAAGGACACUAUUGCCCGCGCCCUGCCCUUCUGGAAUGAGGAGAUCGUCCCACAGAUCAAAGAAGGCAAGAGGGUCCUGAUCGCAGCCCACGGCAACAGCCUGAGGGGCAUCGUCAAGCACCUGGAAGGGAUGUCAGAGGAGGCCAUCAUGGAGCUGAACCUGCCAACAGGGAUCCCAAUCCUGUACGAGCUGGAUAAGAACUUGAAGCCAGUGAAGCCCAUGCAGUUUUUGGGCGACGAGGAGACCGUGCGCAAAGCCAUGGAAGCAGUAGCUGCCCAGGGCAAGGCCAAAAAAUAAAAGGCAGCCCUGAUGACAAGAACAGGCUCUGUGUAGAAGGGGGUACUUGGUUACAGUUCCCAAGGAGGCAAAAGAUUGGGGUGGGGGUCAUUUUAGGAUUAGGUUCAGGAUUAGUGUUGCAUUUGAAUUCAGUCUCCCUUAAAGUCUAAAUGUUAUGGGGGGGGGGGGAUUAAUAAAUCAAAGCACAUACCUUGAACCAGAAUGUAAACCUCAUUCCAUACCAUUUCAUUCCACAGGCUGCUAGCUUUUACUGCACUUGGAAGACAUAUAUGUUGCUUCAGAAAGAAUGUCAGUGUCACUGUUAAUUAAAUAAAUUAUAUAUAAAUGUUUUGCACUGAAUGGAUUUAGCAGCAUCGCUACAAGGGAACAUCUCAUCUACAUGGGAAAGGCCAAAGAAAUAAAGUAAGUGCAUGUACACAUGCUAAUUAAAAUUGAAACUGCUGUGUACAUCCCAUCAUAUACUCUUCCCAUGGUUUUGCAUUACUAACUGGGUUUCAAUGGCUGUUUCCAUAGUUACACAUUCUAGUUAAACUUUACCUGGGAUGUCUAGUAUUUAGCCACUGCAGUUGCUCAGCCCUGCUGCUUGCACCAUAAAGGGAGUGUUCAUUUAUUUUUAUUUUAUUUCAUACUCUGAGAGCUGUAGCCAAAAGCCCCAUCCCCUAUAUAUCCUCUAUCCUUGGUUUAUUUGAAGUUUAACUUUACACUGUACUUUCACUGUGUGUCCAGAUUUUAGGCAACAGAUUAAUGUGUGUAGAGUCGGUUCUACUGUCUACAUGCCGAGAGAGUGUGUGUGUGUUAAAGGGCUCUGUGUUUAAGCCCCUCUUUCACUGUAUGUUUGUGUAUAAAGCCCUUAUUCCUUAGCUCUGCUAGUGGGUAUGUGUGUUUGUGGACUUGUGUACGGCCCUGUAUCCAGCCUUCCAUAUACUGGUAAGUGUGUAAGGGGCCUCUGUCUCAACACUUGCUUGGUAGCUUGAAUUUGUUGCCAGUUGAUUCUAAAGAGAAAUAUGGCUUCACUUGGAUUGUGGUUUAUUGUAAUGCACAGUUUUAUUGUACACUGAACCUGUGGUCCAAAUCCAAUAAAUGUGUUAUGUGCAGAUA